UUGGUAGUGCCCAACGGCAUCAGCACAUCCGAAGACACUCUGGAUAGCUGUGGGAAGAAUGUGACUCCCAACUCCUCACAGGUGGAGGUGGAAGAAAAAAAGCCGGAGAUCAUCGUGAAAGAGAAGAAGGAAGUGAAGCGCAGUAAGAGCUGGGGGCGGAGAUCCACCCGGACAAAGAAAAACAUCAGUUACAGAUUUGAUGAAUUCGACGAGGCUAUUGAAGAGGCCAUAGAGGAAGACAUCAAGGAAGCAGAAGGUGGUGGGGCUGGCCGUGGCAAAGACAUGGCCAACAUCACCGGCCACCGAGGGAAGGACAUCUCCACCAUCCUCCAGGCAGAAGAGGGCCAGGAGAACGGCGUGCUGCCCCGGCCCAGCGCCGGCCAGCGCAGGAAGAAGCGCCGGCGCCUCAACGACCUGGACAGCGACAGCACGGUGGACGAGGAGGAGAGCGAGGAGGAGUUCCGCCUCAGCGAGAGGAACAGUGAAUGGGAGCUGGCUGCUGGUUUGUGGUGCACAGAGUUCUCAGGCAGCUCCAGUAGCAUCCUGAAAGUCCCGGGCUCCAGCAUGUUCACCUCGGUGAAGGCCUUCGAGGGGCAGCAGUACUCCACCCUGAAGAGGCAGUGCCUGCAGAGCGGCCUCCUGUUCGAGGACCCCCGCUUCCCCGCCAUCGACCACUCGCUCUUUUACCAGGGCAACAGGAUCGGCCGCGUUGUCUGGAAGAGGCCUCGGGAUCUGGAGGUGCACACCUCAGCAGCACUUGGCUGCAUCCAUCACUGUGGUCACAUGGUUCCAGCGGACAGGCACGUCCAGGUGGCUCCCACCCAGAAGCCCUGGAUGCACAAGGAGAUCCAGCAGCACCGCCCCCAUCCCCGGGGCAGCCUGCUCCCCGUGCGCGAGGGUAGGACCCACCAGAGCCGGCCCUCCCAGGGCUGUGUGCUACGCCCUCUGCCCUACACGCCCUACACGCCCUACACCCAGACGUCCACCCCCCCACCCGGACAACACCAUCAUCAAGAAAUUAUUGAUGAGGUGAAAAAGGAACUCCACAAAAUGAAGGAAGAGAUUAUCAGCACACUGAUUCAGGAGCUGAAAAUAACAAAAACCAAGGUGGAAGACUGCUGA